GAGAUCUUUCGCCGCAUAGCGAAGGAGACCGAUCCGAACAAGAGGUACGAAGUCACUGUGUCCAUGAUCGAGAUCUACAAUGAGGCCAUCCAGGAUUUGCUCAUCGAUCCCUCGCUGAGGCCUAAGAAGGGCCUUGAGGUACGAGAGUCCAAGGCGUUGGGAAUCUACAUUGACGGGGUCAUCAAGAGACCUGUCGAGUGCUACGAGGCAAUUGAGACGACGAUCGAAGAGGCGACGGAGCAUCGCACCGUUGGCUCGACUCUGAUGAAUGCGACCUCCAGCCGGGCACACACUGUGCAGAUCAUCGAGUUCAAGGCCAUCAAGGAUGGCUCUGCCACCGUGUCGAUGAUCAACCUAGUUGACCUGGCUGGGAGCGAGAAGGCCGGUCAGACAGGGGCCACGGGAGAUCGGCUCAAGGAAGGGUCGCACAUCAACAAAUCGCUCAGUGCUCUCGGCAAUGUCAUCGAGAAGCUAGCAGAUCGCGGGGGUGAGAAGAAGAAAAAUGUCGUCAUCCCCUAUCGCGAGUCCAAGCUCACCCGGCUGCUUCAAAACGCCCUGGGCGGCUCUAGCAAGACCAUCAUGAUUUGCGCGUUGUCACCGGCCUCUUCGAAUCACGAGGAGACUUUGUCGACGCUGCGCUAUGCUGACCGCGCGAAGAAGAUUAAGCCU